AUGGCUGUUCUGCACCAUUAUGCAACAGUCCUUUCCAGCGCCCUUGCAUUCGUCCCUUCAAACUAUGCACUACGAUUCGGAUGGGCUACCAAGCAGUUUCUUGAGGAGAUAAACAAGUGGACAGUCCAGUACAACGUGUCUCCGCUGUCAUGGAAUGUCGCCGUCAAGUUCCUCAUGGCCAGGAAGUUUGAUGUGCUCCGUGCUGUGGAGUUGUUCCAUUCAUACAGAGAAACAAGAAGAAAGGAAGGCAUCGUGAAGCUGAAGCCUCAUGAGGAGCCGCUCCGUUCUGAGAUCCUCAGUGGCAAGUUCACCAUCCUAAAUGUUCGGGACCCAACUGGAGCUUCCAUUGCUCUCUUCACUGCCAGACUGCAUCAUCCCCACAAGUCAGUCCCGCACGUGGUUCUUCAGGCUCUGUUCUACUUGCUAGACCGAGCGGUGGAUAGCUUUGAAACUCAAAGGAAUGGACUAGUGUUUAUCUAUGACAUGUGUGGUUCUAAUUAUGCCAACUUUGAGCUGGAACUUGGCAAGAAGGUCCUAAAUCUGCUGAAGGGGGCAUUCCCAGCUCGCCUGAAGAAGGUACUGAUUGUGGGAGCUCCUAUAUGGUUCCGAGUUCCCUACUCCAUCAUCAGCCUGCUCCUGAAGGACAAAGUCCGGGAGAGGAUUCAGAUACUAAAGACAUCUGAGGUGACCCAGCACCUGCCCAGGGAGUGCCUUCCAGAAAACCUGGGUGGGUACGUCAAAAUUGACCUGGCCAAUUGGAAUUUCCAGUUCCUACCCCAGGUGAAUGGCCACCCCGACCCCCUGGAUGAGAUCAUCCUGUUCUCCCUACCUCCUGCCUGCGACCUGGCCUCAGUGCACGUGCCCGGCCCCCAUGCCAUGACCAUCCACGAGCUGGUGCACUACGUCAACGCGCGGCAGAAGCGUGGCAUAUACGAGGAGUAUGAGGAUAUCCGGCGGGAGCACCCCGUGGGCACCUUCCACUGCUCCAUGUCUCCAGUGAACCUAGAGAAGAACCGUUAUGGGGACGUGCCCUGCCUGGACCAGACCAGGGUGAAGCUGACCAAGAGAAGCGGCCUCACUCAGACAGAUUACAUUAAUGCCAGUUUCAUGGAUGGCUAUAAGCAGAAGAAUGCUUACAUUGGUACACAAGGGCCCUUGGAGAAUACUUACCGGGAUUUCUGGCUCAUGGUGUGGGAGCAGAAAGUCUUGGUGAUUGUCAUGACCACGCGCUUUGAGGAAGGUGGCCGGAGGAAGUGUGGCCAGUACUGGCCUUUAGAAAAGGACUCUCGGAUCCGCUUUGGCUUCCUCACCGUGACUAAUUUAGGCGUGGAGAACAUGAACCAUUAUAAGAAAACAACGCUAGAAAUUCACAACACGGAGGAGCGGCAGAAACGCCAGGUGACCCACUUCCAGUUUCUCAGCUGGCCGGACUACGGUGUGCCGUCCUCCGCGGCCUCACUCAUCGACUUCCUCCGAGUGGUCCGGAGCCAGCAGAGCCUGGCCGUGAGCAGCACGGGCGCACGCGCCAAGGGGCAGGGACCCGAGCCACCCAUCGUGGUCCACUGCAGCGCGGGCAUUGGCAGGACAGGUACCUUCUGCUCCCUGGACAUCUGCCUGGCCCAGCUGGAAGAGCUUGGCACCCUUAAUGUGUUCCAGACAGUGUCGCGCAUGCGCACCCAGAGGGCCUUCAGCAUCCAGACCCCUGAGCAGUAUUACUUCUGCUACAAGGCCAUUCUGGAGUUCGCAGAGAAAGAGGGCAUGGUUCCCUCCGGCCAGAAUCUGCUGACCAUGGAGGGUCAGUAACUGUCCCGCACGUUUCCUACCUGCUGGCCAGCCUUCCUUAAACCACCCUGGACUCUGCUGAGCCUAGAGGUGCCGUCAGUCCCACCGAAGCCAUGGACAGAGCCAUCGGCGUCUCCUGGUGCAGGCGGGCACGCCGGGCAGCCUUGCCCUUUGGCUAGCGAAGUGUGGUGAAAUUGUCACUAGAAAAGGGCCAGCGGCGAUGUGUUCUUCACUCCUAGCACCUGCUAUUGAACUGUGCCUUAUUAAAACCAAAUUGUGGCUAUUGAUUUUUUGCCAGGGGGCCGAGGUAAGUGGGGCAGGAACCUCCCUCCCCCUCCCCAGUGCCAUUCUUCUGGAGGUUUCCUCUCUCCCACUCCUUUCCUUUGCUAGGAUUUCACCAGGAGGCUUGGUGAGCGCUCACCUUCCUACCCAGAGAGCUUGACCAUGUGACGUACGCUGGCGCCUGGCCCACAUGCCAAGCACGUUUUUCCAGAGGGCGUGUGUGCCCAUCUCUCCCGUCCUCCUGUGUGUGUGUGUAUGCGCGUAUGCACUCUUCCGUGUAUGGAUCUAUAUGUGUGUGUGUAUAUAAUAUAUAUUGUAUGUGAUAAUAUGGUCGUAUUCUAUAAAUACAUAUACACAC